AUGCACCAGUCGCAAGGUCGACAAGGUAUUGCCUGCGGUGAGGGGAACUCGAAGGCAUGGGUGACUGACCCAGGGUCAACAUCGAAGAAGCUGUUUCAUACAUAUGGCAUAGCUCGGUCCACUGCCGGAAUUCGUAGCAAGCCUAAAUACGAUCAAUUUAGCAUUCGUCUCGACCCUCUUCCGGGACCGUUCCACCAAUGGUGUAAAGCCGAUGAGGAUCGACUGGGGUUGCUGGAGUGGAUUAGACAGCACAGAGAACUGGAAGACGCGCCCCUCAACGAUCCGGAUUGCCGUUACGUCGCUGGAAGACAAGAUGUUGCGGAGCGUUACGUUCGCUUUUUGAGUGCGGAUGCUGAGCGAAAGAACUCACCCAUGCCCCGAAGAGAGGAUCUACAACGACGGGCCGAGCAGAACGUACGGCACGGGUUUCCUUUCAUAAAGGAUAUGCGAGGUGACCUUGGGAACAACACCUGGACCGAUGCUUGUAACCAGAGUAGGUGGUUACCUCCAAACCUACUUCGAGAUGGCAUGUGGGUCCAGGUAGUUCACACAAUUGAGGUUUCGAACGCCAAAAAGCGCAUCGGUGAUAGAUGGUUUCCUCGUGACUGGCAUGUAAAGGUACACCUUUACUCCAUCCAUGUCAUCAACGAGCCCUUUGUGCCAGAGGUCGCUGAGCUAUACACACUGUCCGGCUUCGAAUAUCGUCCCCCGUCACCCGAACCCGCCACAGCUGCUGUUAGCUCCGGCAACGCUUCCGCACCAGGCGCCUCCUCCAACCCGGCCAUGGAUAUCGUUUCAAGUGGUUCGUCCAAAUCUUGGUCAACGCCUGUCCCGCCUCAGGACACUGAUGGCGAUUUCGACGAGGAAGACAUCGACGAUGACGCGAUGAUGUCUACGACAACAGCUAAGGGAAAAGGCAAAGGCAAGGCCAAAGCGAUUGAGAUGAAUGACACGGACGAUUUCCCAUCCUACGAUACACCCGGGAUGUCGCAGCAGUCCUACAACUUACCUUCACGCCAAAACUCUCCCUUCGGCAGUCCGACGCCUCACCAAACGCCAGGGUCAAGCACCGGUAUCCGUUUGGGCGGGUUCUAA